CCUCCCUGAGCUAUGGUGGGAUGUCCAGGGGGAAGGAGAAUGGGACAGGAGUCACCGAGUUCCUCCUGCUUGGCCUCACUGGUGACCAAGAGCAGCAGCGAAUCCUCUUCUGGCUCUUCCUGUGUACAUACUUGGUCACUGUGGCUGGGAACACACUCAUCAUCCUGGCCAUCGGCUCCGAUCCCCGCCUGCACACCCCCAUGUACUUCUUCCUUACCAAUCUCUCCUUUGUUGACAUCUGCUUCACCACCAACCUAAUCCCCAAGCUGUUGGUCAACCACAUAGCAGGAACAUGGACAAUCUCUUACCCCCAUUGCCUGACCCAGAUGUACUUCCUCAUCUCCUUUGCCAACCUGGACACCUUUCUGCUGGCUGUCAUGGCCCUGGACCGUUACGUGGCCAUCUGCAAGCCCCUGCAGUACUACGCCAUCAUCACCCCCCAGCUCUGUCGGGGAUUGACCGCACUCAUGUGGACGUGCUCUGGCCUCAUCUCCCUAGUCCACACGCUCCUCAUGAACAGACUGACAUUCUGCUCCUGUGCCCGCGAGAUCUCACACUUCUACUGCGACGCCUACCUGCUGAUGAAGAUCGCCUGCUCAGACACGCGUGUCAAUCGGCACGUGUUCCUAGGUGCUGUGGUCCUGUUUGUGGCCCCCUCUGCACUCAUUGUGGUCUCCUACAUGUGCAUAGCUGCAGCUGUCCUCCGGAUUCCCUCCACCCCAGGAAGGCGCAAGGCAUUUUCCACAUGCAGCUCCCAUCUGUCUGUGGUCAUCGUUUUCUAUGGAACUAUCCUGGGGGUAUAUAUUCGACCCCCCAACUCCUUCUCAGCUCAGGACACGGUAGCAACCAUCAUGUACACAGUGGUGACCCCUAUGCUAAACCCCUUUAUCUACAGCCUGAGGAACCAAGACAUGAAGAAGGCUAUGGGAAGUCUCUUCAGCAGGAGCUCAAAAUCUUCUUAG